AAAGAAUCCCAACAACCAAUCGGGUAAAAGGCGCGUUCGCGGAAACCUGGAAGCAAACAAACACGGAUGAAAAAACAUUUUUUGUUUAGACGUUUCUUGGUUAUUUUCCUGCAGUCAGCAUGGCAAAUCAAGUUGAAGUUGAGUUCAAAAAGGAAACGAUCGCCAAGCUUUUGAAUAAGUCAUUCAAAGAUACCAAAACCAAAGUGAAUAGUGACGCCGUUACCUUGACGAGCGAGAUGCUGCAAAUAUUUGUUGAAGAGGCGUCCAGGCGAGCGCUGAAGCAGGCCACAGCAGAAGACAGCCAGCAGGUGGAGGUGGAGCACUUUGAGAAAGUCCUGCCGCAGCUGCUGCUGGAUUUUUGACUGGUCGCAGUUCUGUCUUGGCACCUCUGGAUGGAGAUGUUGCUUCAUGUUGCUCUUCUGAAAAGAUCAGGGGCCUCAUGUACAAAGACCUCUGUAGAUUUCCUACUCAAUCUUUGCACAAGUGAAAAUCUGAAAAAGAUACAUUUGCACCUAAAGUUUCAAAUAUAGCGGUCCGUACGGACUCAUGCAGACUCAUGUGAAAUCAAGUACACAUGUGCUUUUUCGUGUUGAGUCAGUAUUGGUGCAUCUGAAAAUUAGAGUGAAAAGUUACUGUUACGAAGCAUUUUUUUGUGUAGGCAAGUUUUGUACAUGAGGCCCCGGUUCUGAAGUUCGGCACUGCUAAACUCAGGAGCUGUAAUAAUUAGAACGGUCUGUUGGAAGAAAGGUGGACAUACUGUAGGCAUCUGGUAUUUGAGUCAGACUGAUGUAUUCCAAUUAAUUGUCAAAGCUUGUGAGGUUUAACUGUCAGUCACAGAACGAUUUGGGGAAGAGACACAUUCUCGCACACACCCCAAAGUGUGUGGGAUGCCAAAGUUAGUGGAAACGGUGAAUUCAUCAGCUUUGGUGUCAGUUAAAUUCAUUCAGCACAUGUAUGAAAUGAUUACUUUACAAACCUAGUAAUCAUCAUGACAACUAUUAGGCAGACCUCUCUGUUGUCAUCCAAUCAAAUGCCUUCACUCUUCACUCACAUCUCUUCCCUACCCUAACCUCAAAGCAUGAUGCUGCAAACUGUCUGUAACCAUAGUUACUUUGUAGACUGUGCUGUGAAAAUAUUUUUUCUUUUAACUUUUAUAUUAAAUGUUGGUUUGUAUGCAAUUCAGUAUAAACUCUCCAGAGCUGUGGUCUAGCUUGAUGUGUGAAAUAAAUACCACCCAAUGAUGUGCAUAUUGAA